AAAUAUGAUUCUUUGCCUGCUGCCACAAACUUCUUAAGUACUUCUUUUGCCAUUUCGUCACCUGGCUUCAACUACAAUGCAACAAGCUUUAGAACUGGCAUUGGAUCGUGCAGAGUAUAUAAUUGAAAGUGCCCGUCAGAGACCUCCCAAAAGAAAAUAUUUAUCCAGUGGAAGAAAAUCUGUAUUUCAAAAACUCUAUGAUUUAUAUAUAGAAGAAUGUGAAAAAGAACCUGAGAUAAAGAAGCUGAGACGAAAUGUGAAUUUACUUGAGAAGCUGGUUAUGCAGGAGACCUUGUCGUGUCUGGUAGUGAACCUCUAUCCAGGAAAUGAGGGUUAUUCACUUAUGCUCAGGGGAAAAAAUGGUUCAGAUUCUGAGACCAUUCGGCUGCCUUAUGAGGAAGGAGAGCUGCUUGAAUAUUUGGAUGCAGAGGAGCUACCACCUAUUUUGGUUGAUCUUUUAGAAAAAUCUCAGGUUAAUAUUUUUCAUUGUGGAUGUGUCAUAGCAGAAAUACGUGACUAUAGGCAGUCUGGUAACAUGAAAUCUCCAACGUACCAAAGCAAGCACAUUCUUUUGCGUCCUACAAUGCAGACUUUAAUUUGUGAUGUGCACUCUAUAACAAGUGACAACCACAAAUGGACGCAGGAGGACAAGCUCCUACUUGAGAGCCAACUUAUUUUGGCUACAGCAGAGCCUUUGUGUCUUGAUCCUUCAAUAGCAGUGACCUGUACUACAAACAGGCUCCUGUACAACAAACAGAAGAUGAAUACUCGCCCAAUGAAACGAUGCUUCAAGAGGUACUCAAGGUCAUCUCUGAACAGACAGCAGGAAGUAGCUCACUAUUCAACUCCGCCUCAGCUCAGACUACUUGACUACUUACAGAAAAGAAAGGAGAGGAAAGGAACCCAGCAGUAUGACCUCAAGAUUUCUAAAGCUGGAAAUUGUGUAGAUAUGUGGAAACAGAACCCUUGCUACUUGACUGCACCUUCUGAAGUGGAUGUGGAAAAAUAUGCCAAAGUGGAAAAGUCUAUCAAGCCUGAUGACUCACAACCAACUGUCUGGCCAGCACAUGAAAUAAAAGAUGAUUAUGUAUUUGAAUGUGAAGUUGGUAAUCAGAUUCAAAAAACAAAGCUGACCAUUUUUCAGUCUCUUGGCAAUCCCUUGUACUAUGGUAAAAUACAGACACUCAAAGGUGAUGAGGAAAAUGACAACGUAUUAACUCCAUCACAGUUCCUUAUUGGUUCGAAGACUGAUGCUGAAAGAGUAGUGAACCAGUAUCAGGAAUUAGUACAAAGCGAAGCUAAAUGUCCUGUGAAAGUGUUUCAUAAUUCAGGUGGAUCAGUCAAUCUUAGUCACCUUUCUCCAGGGAAGGAAAUGGAACCAGAAAGUAUAUCAGGCUCUAUUCAGUCUUCAGUAUUGGGGAAAGGUGUAAAACACCGACCUCCUCCCAUCAAAUUGCCUUCGAGUUCAGGAAGUAGCUCUUCAGGUAAUAUUUUUAGUUCACAACAGACAAGUGGCCAUCUAAAAUCCCCAACUCCUCCUCCUCCUUCUUCUAAGCCUUCUGGUCUUUCUCGGAAACAAUCUAUGGAUCUUAAUCAAGUUAGCAUGCUCUCUCCAGCUGCCAUGUCUCCUGCGAGCUCUUCACAAAGAACAGCCUCCACCCAGGUCAUGGCAAACCCCGCAGGACUUAACUUCAUCAAUGUAGUGGGCUCUGUGUGUGGAGCACAGACACUGAUGAGUGGUUCAAACCCUAUGCUGGGGUGCAACACUGGUGCCAUAGCCCCUGCAGGUAUAAACCUGAGUGGCAUUUUACCGUCAGGAGGUCUGGUACCAAGUGCGCUGCCCGCUGCAAUGCAGUCUGCCUCUCCAGCAGGCAGCCCCUUUGGUUUGAAAAAUGCAUCAAAUCUUCGGCCUUUAAAUCUUCUACAGGGGUCUGACCAAGGUCCAUCCAAUCAAGAUCAGGCAGUAUCUGCCCAACAAGCUGCUGUAAUUAACCUGACUGGCGUAGGGAAUUUUAUGCAACCUCAAGCCACAGCAGUUGCGAUUCUUGCAGCAUCAAAUGGCUAUGGCAGCAGCAGCAGCACGAGCAGCUCAUCUGCAGCAUCAACAGCAUUCAGCCAGCCACUCAAAAAGUAAAAGGAAAAGAGGCACACCAGCCCCUCCACAAUCCUGAGACUUGCUUUCCCCCCCCAAUAAAAGAUUGAUUCAGGGGUAUUUGGGGGUGGGGUUGUGUUUGGUUUUUUUCAGAUCAAAAAAGAGAAAGCUUAAAAGCAAAUCAAUUUUUAUAUUACCAGUGGGAAAAUGAACUUUUGAUGUUACACGGAAAUAAAUGAACUGGUUUUGGAAGCCAACCCUACGGACCUUCUUCACUUUCAUCAACACAGCAGCUAGGGUCUCCCUUCCUUAAGUCACUUAAUUUUUUAACAGAAUGCUUUAUCAUGUAUUUUUUAUCACUCAGCAGCAUUGUACAUAGUAUAAGGGUGAAAAACAUUUUAGAAAAAAUGAACUUUGUAAAUGUAGUAUUGGUAUUUGUUUAUUUAGUAUAAAAGGUUUGUGAACACUGUAACAAAUACAAUUUUUACAAAUCCA